AUGCCCUUCGGAAUCUUGGAACCAGAGGCUAGCAGUCAAUGCCCCGGCACGGUUGUGAUCACUGAUCAUAGCAAUUUGCACGAUUCUACUACAACGGAGGGCAGCGUUCCCGUCACGAGUGGGCUGAAAAAAGAUGCAUCUGGCGUGGUGGUGCUUGCUCCACAGCCGUCCGACUCUCCCGGCGAUCCUCUGAACUGGACGGCAACGAAGAAGAACUUGUUCACGGUGGCAUAUACAUGGAUCUGUGGCGCCGUCGGGGCACUUGGACCGCUGCUCAUCGCGGCGUAUCGACCGCUCUCGCAGCAAUGGGGGGUCGAAAUAGGCCAGUUUGCCACCGGUGCGCAGGGCAGUCUUCUGUGCGGCUUUGGCGUUGGAGCGGUUCUGUUUAAUGCCGUGGCCGCCAAGAUGGGCAAACGACCGGUGUAUCUUUUCACCAAUGCGAUGCUGAUGAUAGCUUGCUUCUGGGGUGCGGCGUCGCGGUCCUUUGCAUCGUUCGUGGCCUCGCGUGCGGUCGCAGGACUCUGCAUGGGUCCAAUGACGGCCCUGGUGCCGGCUUCUGUCGGGGAUGUGUGGUUCGUCCAUGAACGUGGCCUUCGCACGUCCCUCUAUGCGCUUGCGUUCUUGUCGGGCAAUCAUCUCGCCUCGCCCAUCGCUGGAACUAUCAUCGAACACGGGUCGUGGAGAAUUUGCAUGAAUGCAAUGGGCGGUGCCUUUGGCGUGUCCACCCUCCUCGUGUUCUUCCUCAUGCCCGAAACGACGUUUGAACGCAUCCACGAGGGCAUGGAGGCUAAAAGCACCAGUGCCCAUCUUGAGACCUCCGAGGAGCACGAGAUCCGCCAGGGACAGUCGUAUGCGCGACAGCUAUUGCCUUAUCAAGGCUAUCGAGGCCGAACUGCGUUCUCCAAAGCCUUGGUCGGACCCUUUUUCGCACUGGCCAAUCCGACGGUCGUCUGGGCAGCGGUGCUAUUCAUGACGAAUCUCGGGUUUGUGGUCGGCCUAGGAGCGACGCAGUCACUCAUCUUCGGCGCUCCGCCUUACAACUUCUCCAUCACACAGGUGGGCCUCGUCAACCUCUCUGCAUUUGUGGCCGCUUUACUGGGGACGGCCGCUUCCAAACCAUUGCUCGACGGCAUUGCCCAGCGUCUUUCCAAGUCUAACCACGGUAUCUUCGAGCCCGAGUUCCGACUCAUCCCGAUGGUAUUCACUUUACUCUUCACCACCGCCGGGUACUUCGUCUGGGGGCAAUCCAUCUCCCAAGGUCUGCCAUGGGCCGUUCCUGUCGUGGUCGGACUCGGCUUCGUCACGUUCGGGACCCAGAUCGGCAUCGCCACGAUCUUCACAUACGUCGUCGACUGCCACCAGCAGGACGCCGCUCCCGCUUUGGGGCUGAUCACGCUGUGUCAAGCCAUGUUCUCUUUCGGGCUGACCUUCUACAUCAACGAAUGGGUCAGUCAAUCGGGUCCCCGGGACUGUUUCUUCGCGAUUGGGUCUCAUGGCCGGCUUGAUUUCUCUCACGCUCCCGUUGUAAGCCCUUUGCGCUACGAGAUCAUUUGUGGUGGGAGAUGUUGCUAA